AUGCUUCAAUGGUCCUGGCGCUUAAUAGCGCCAUUCGUCGCGCUCCUCGUCAUACGGCCCAGUAUCGCAGAAGACGUGCAAGAAAUCCUCGCUGAGAAUGCCAAUCUCUCGAACGAAACUCUGCUAUGGGGCCCUUAUCGACCAAACCUCUACUUUGGCGUUCGACCGCGUAUACCGAAAAGCUUGACUACCGGGCUACUCUGGGCAAAGGUUGACAAUUUUCAGGACGUGCAACAGAGCUUCCGCCACACAUGCGAGCAAAAUGAAGGGAUGGCAGGCUACGGCUGGGAUGAAUACGAUGUCAGACUGGGAGGCCGUCAAACUAUUCGUGACGCGGGUAACCACAUAGACAUCACCACCGAGUUUGUUAAAAUCCCAGGAGGUGACAAUGGCGGUAGCUGGGGUGUUAGGGUCAAAGGCACACCUCGAGAUGACGCCCCAGCUCGCCUUAUCACGACAGUCAUGUUUCAUGCAGGUAUGGAAGGCUUCGGAAGCUUAGGCGUACAGAAUGAGCCGGACGAUCUAGGUAUCGAAGGCGACGUUGUCUUGGAGGGAAACAGCAAUGAGCUUGGAGACUUCACUGUUCGAAUCACAACUGGACCAGAUACGAACGAAACCCCUCCGAAUGCACAUCCUAGCUCUGAGAAGAAGCCUUUGGAUAGAACCUAUGUUGCAAGCACGCAGGUUCCCGAAGAGCAUUUAUGGCAGUCGAAACAGAUCAUGUUCAGUCUGAUGAAGGGCGAAAUUGAUUCAUUGAUUGCAGAAUACGGCCAAGAUCAUGCGCCACCACCUUGGACAGUGUACACAGUGCCAAAUAAAAUCGAGGAAGGCAAUUUUCACGUCAUCCAGAAGGUUUUCCACGGCGAGUUCGAGUUUGACAUCAUGUACUCUUCGGCAUCUGCUGGUACACCUUUGACCUCUGAGGAUCUUGAGACUGCAAUAGGCAAUGCUACGGCUUCUUUCUCGGACCGUUUCUCGGAGGUACUAGCUCCAAAGUCCCCCUUCAGGGACCAGAGAUACGAUGGCUUUGCCAAGUCAAUGUUUUCAAAUCUUCUGGGCGGUAUUGGUUACUUCCAUGGUGACUCCGUUGUUGACAGAUCAUACGCACCAGAGUAUGAUGAAGACAACGAAGGAUUCUGGGAAGAGACAGCUGCUGCAAGGGCUAGGCAGGCUGGCGUGAGGUUGGAAGGUCCGUUAGAAUUGUUCUCUAGCAUACCUUCAAGACCUUUUUUCCCAAGAGGUUUUCUGUGGGACGAGGGUUUUCAUCUGAUCCCAAUCGCAGAAUGGGACAUGCAUGUGACGCUUGAGAUUGUCCGCAGCUGGUUCAAUCUGAUGGACGACGACGGUUGGAUUGGCCGCGAGCAGAUUCUUGGGGCGGAAGCUAGGACGAAAGUGCCCCAAGAAUUUACUGUGCAGUAUCCUCACUACGCGAACCCACCGACCUUGUUUCUGAUCCUGGAGACCCUUAUCGACAAGAUCAAUUCUCAACCGACUGUAUUACCCCAUCAACAUCAAUACGAUUCGAUACGUAAUGUUCACUUGAGAAACAAAGACACCGCCAUCGAUUACCUCAAGGAUCUGUAUCCGCUCCUAAAGCGGCAUUAUUUCUGGUUUCGCAAGACACAGCGGGGCGACAUCAAGUCUUAUGAUCGCGAGGCAUACUCUACAAAAGAAGGCUAUCGAUGGCGAGGGCGUAGCGAGCGGCAUGUACUUACAUCUGGGUUGGACGACUAUCCACGUCCUCAGCCACCACAUCCCGGGGAGCUGCAUACUGAUUUGAUCAGUUGGAUGGGGAUGAUGAGCCGCUCGAUGCGACGUGUUGCGGAGACUAUUGGUGAGACAGAUGAUGCCCAGGAAUAUGAAGGGUACGAAAGUGCUAUAAUCCGCAACAUUGAUGACCUGCACUGGGACGACCAAGCACAAACUUAUUGCGAUGCCACGAUCGACGACUAUGAAGAAAGCGUGCAUGUUUGCCACAAAGGCUACGUGUCCAUCUUUCCUUUCCUCACCGGUCUGUUACCGCCUGACAGCGCCCGGCUCAAAGCCACACUUGACUUGAUAUCUGACCCGGAGGAGCUGUGGAGUGAUCACGGCAUCCGUAGCCUGAGCAAGAAAGACGAGCUGUACGGGACGGAUGAAAAUUACUGGCGGUCGCCGGUCUGGAUGAAUAUGAAUUACCUUGUUGUCAAGGCCUUGUACGAUGUUGCAACGGCGUCUGCGGCAAAGAAUCCUCACAAAGCGCAAGCGUCAACAAUCUACACUAAGCUGAGAAAGAACCUAGUGGACACUGUGUUCAAGGAGUGGGAAAGAACAGGCUUUGCUUGGGAGCAGUAUAACCCAGAAAGCGGAGAGGGUCAGCGAACGCAGCACUUCACCGGAUGGACCAGCUUGGUGGUGAAGAUUAUGAAUAUGCCCCCUUUAUCGAAGGCAGUCGUCGAGGUGAAUGAGGGGUAA